CAAUUUAGCUCUAUUUAGCAAGGAUUGACAACACUGAAGGGUUAAAUAUAUAGAUAAUGUCUUAUGUUGCCGUUUCAAAUGUUAGGACCAACGACAAUAAAGGAAAGUGUUUUUUUUUUGACCGGAAACAAGAGAGAAAACGUUUCAGAUUGUGCUGCGACUUUGAUUGUAACUUAAUGCCUUCUGCACCCGCAGUGAACAUUGGACUAAAGUACCUAUCAAGACAACUUUAACCCGGGUAUUAAUAAGCUCCAUCAUGGCCUACCAUGCUGGGACUCCAGAGGACCCCAGUGCUUUGGUGCACAACAUCAGCUCCAACAUCCAGAAGCUGACACUGCUGACCUCAGAUCUGCAGAGGGCAGUUUCUACGCUGGGAACAGAGCAGGACAGCAGCAAGUUACAACAGACACUGCAACAGAAACAGCAGCAAGGCAACCAGCUAGCAAAGGACACUGACAGACUCAUCAAGGCAUUCAGUGCACUUCCUGUUGGCCCCGACCAGCGGCAGAGAAAGCUACAGAAAGAGCGCCUGGUUAAUGAGUUCUCCGCCGCCCUAAACAGCUUCCAGAAGACCCAGCGGCAGGCGGCCGACAAAGAGAGAGAGUUUGUGGCCAGAGUCCGAGCCAGCUCCAGGGUGUCGGGAGGACAGUCGGAUGAUGGCUUUGGAAAUGCACCUCCUUUCCUUAGUGAUUCCCAGGUGCAGGCUCAGGCUGAAGCCAUCACUGAAGACGACCUGAGGCUGAUCCAGGAGAGAGAGUCCUCCAUCAGGCAGCUGGAGUCGGAUAUCACAGAUAUCAAUGACAUCUUCAAGGACCUGGGGAUGAUGGUCCACGAGCAGGGAGACAUGAUCGACAGUAUAGAAGCCAAUGUGGAGAUGGCUGAUGGGCACGUCCAGAGCGCAACACAGCAGCUGGCACGUGCUGCAGAAUACCAGCGGAGCUCUCGGAAGAAGAUAUGCAUCCUGAUGAUAGUGUUGGCUGUAGUUUCUGUUGUUAUCGGACUCAUCAUCUGGGGUGCUGUCAAGAAAUGAGUGCUUCUUGUUCUUCUCCCUCUUCUUCACCACCUUUCAGUUUGGUCCUAAGCAUUGAGAAGGGAUUAACAGCACCUUCCUUCCUCUCUUCCUCCUACUCCUCGUUUUGUCACCCCUUUUAGGGGAGGAUUGGGACUGUCAGUCUUUCUUAGACUUGAUUAUAUUUUUUAAAUGUUACAAUCUCUAUUUACAGGACAGCAAACUCCUUCACAGUGAAAACAAAACUGGCGCAGGUAGCGUUAUUAUUCUAAACAGCUUUAUUUCUUUGAUUUAUGCAUGACUUACUGUAAUUGGAAAGAUGUCAAUUUUUGCUCCUCAUCUGAUUGAGUGUUGCUGUGUUCAGUGGCGGACAUGUUGCCGCCGUGGAUGUUAAAUAAGACGCAAUACAGACAAUGCUUCUGUGUGUGAUGAAGCAGCACGUGUCAGCUGCUUUCUUUGAUCAGGUCAAAUAUGAAAACGCUUGUGCUGUACUUUACUCAGCAAUCAACUAUGAAUCAAGUGCACUAUGCAAACUUAAGAGCAAACAAAAGCUAGCCUUGGUCUGUAGUACAAUUUAGCCAAAUCAGAAAGUUCUAAUGCAGUGCUGAGUGACAGCACACUCUUUUUCAAAUCUAUCCUGUAUUUAAAGUUAAAACAAUAAUUUAAAAAAAAGUUAAAUCCUAUUCAAAUUCCUGCAGUUCUAUUCUAAUGAUCGAUACUGUACAUACCCAAACAAAAUAUUGUGAUUAAGACCUUAUAUUACACUCCGCUGUCAGCUAGUCAUUCCAAGUAAUCAGGACAUGUUGUUGUUGUUACUGUGAGUAGGGUGUUCCCGUCUGUCAAAUCACAGACACAGUGUGAAAUGUAAUAGUUCAAGUUGUGGUUUAUGGUUUGUUUUACCUACAGCAGUUAGGGAUAAUUGUUUUUAAAGGCACUGCACAUCAAACAUUUGUCUUCAAUGACCUGGUUGAUUAGACCUCAUUAAAUGUCAAAGGUGGGCCAUACUACGUCGACCAACCAGUGUCCAGAGGAGGGGUCUAAUCAGCCACAUUAACUGGAAACACCUGUGUCAAGUACGUUCCUCUUUUGAUAAUACCCUGCGGUAAGAGUUAGUUUCUUUAUUCUGUCUAUAAAGAAAUCACAUUUGUUGUUACUCAAACCAAAAUAAGUGACAGCAAACACUAAUAGCACGUGUACAUUUACGAUCACAUGUAUAUUUUGUAAUACUGAGAAUUAGCUGCCUUUGUGUUGAAUAAAUUACCUGAAUGAUCUGAAA